AUUUGCAAAUCAAGAUUAUUAUUUUUAUUUCAUUUCACCAUCGUAAUUAGCCCCAAAUCCCAGAUUUCGACAAAAAUCGUUGUUUACUGUUCUCCCUCUUCCUACAACACAAUCCAAAAAUUGCAAUGCCCUGAAAUUCGUACCACCAUCACCUGAACUUAAAAUACCCUUCAUUUUCUCUCUCCUAAACCCCCGUUUUCCGGAAACCCUUCUUUUUCUUCACACCCAAAUUUGCCUUUGUUCUGGGUUUUCUACAACGAUUCUGGUGAAUUAGGUGGUUUUUGUUGGUCAUGUAAUCAUGGAUGUUAGAAACUAUACAUCCACUGAUUAUAUGUCUUCUGUUCAUUUAAAAACGUCGAAUAUUUCGAAGAAGGUGGCAGAUAAUCGUCACCUUGAAGGGCGGGAGAGAGUUACUGGCCCUGUUGUUGUUGAUAGAGUGCCAGAAAGCUCUCUCUCUGAAGGGCGAGGACGAGUCAAUGGUCAUGCUGUUGCAGGUGAUGUUGAUAUUGAUCUUAGGGAAAUAUACUUUUUGGUCAUGCAAUUUCUAUCAACUGGACCAUGCCAGAAAACUUUUGCACAGUUGUCGAACGAACUUAUGGAGCAUCAGCUCUUACCCAGAAGGUAUCAUGCUUGGUAUUCAAGAUCUGGGAUUCAAAGUGGGGAAGAGAAUGAUGAUGGUGUCUCAGUUCCUUUGACGUUUGAGAAACUUCUGCAUAGGUAUUCCCACAUUGCAAAAGACCAUUUUGUUAGGCUUUUGAAACAGCUGAUGCUUUGUUCCCCUUCUCCAUCUCUUGGCAUGGGCCAUGGUCCAAAUGCUGCUGAUGUUCCUACUUUGUUGGGAACUGGUUCCUUUUCUCUUCUGAACUUUGAUAGAAAUUCAGUGGAUAAACAAGUCAAGCUUCUGCCGCGUUACUUGUGCUGGCCUCAUAUGCAGGUUGAUCAAGUACAUGGAUUGCAUUUGAGGGCCAUCGGUGGGGGCUUUACCCGACACCAUCGUGCUCCAUCGAUACAUGCUGCUAGUUAUGCCAUUGCGAAGCCAUCAACUAUGGUGCAAAAGAUGCAGAAUAUAAAGAGGCUUAGAGGACACCGGAAUGCUGUCUAUUGUGCCAUAUUUGAUCGAGCAGGCAGGCAUGUAAUUACUGGUUCUGAUGAUCGCCUUGUAAAAAUUUGGUCAAUGGAAACUGCAUUUUGCCUGGCUAGUUGCCGUGGGCAUGAGGGGGAUAUCACUGACUUAGCUGUUAGCUCAAACAAUGCUUUGGUGGCAUCAGCUUCAAAUGACUUUGUCAUCAGAGUGUGGCGUUUGCCAGAUGGGCUCCCAAUUUCAAUAUUGCAAGGCCAUACUGGUGCCGUUACUGCAAUUGCAUUCAGUCCCAGGACCGCAUACCAACUUUUGUCAUCGUCUGAUGAUGGAACCUGUAGGAUUUGGGAUGCAAGGAAUUCACAGUUUAAGCCUCGAAUCUAUGUGCCAAAGCCUGCUGACGCUGGGACUGGUACAGCUCAGCAGAGCCAUCAAAUUACAUGCUGUGCAUUUAAUGCUAAUGGAACCGUCUUUGUGACUGGUAGCUCUGAUACUUUUGCAAGGGUUUGGAAUGCUCCCAAGUUCAGUCCUGAUGAUUCAUAUCAACCAUAUAAUGAAAUUGAUCUGUUACGAGGACAUGAGAAUGAUGUCAAUUAUGUGCAAUUUAGUGGCUGUGCUAUUACUGCAAGAUCAGUCACUAGUGAUGCUCUUAAGGAGGAACAAUCACUAAAAUUCAAAAAUUUGUGGUUCAGUCAUGAUAACAUUGUAACAUGUUCUCGUGAUGGAAGUGCAAUCAUUUGGGUGCCAAGGUCGCGUAGCUCACAAGGAAAAGUUGGGCGGUGGACUAAGGCGUAUCAUCUCAAGGUACCCCCUCCACCACUGCCUCCACAACCACCUCGUGGGGGACCACGUCGGAGAAUCCUUCCAACUCCUCGUGGAGUAAAUAUGAUUGUCUGGAGUCUCGAUAAUCGUUUUGUGCUUGCUGCUAUUAUGGAUUGCAGAAUAUGCGUAUGGAAUGCUGCAGAUGGAAGCUUAGUGCAUUGUUUGACCGGUCACACUGAAUCUACAUAUGUUUUAGAUGUGCACCCCUUCAAUCCUCGGAUAGCUAUGAGCGCUGGUUAUGAUGGAAAAACCAUAAUUUGGGAUAUAUGGGAAGGGACUCCAGUUCGGGUAUUUGAAAUCGGACGUGGUAAAUUGGUUGAUGGAAAAUUCUCUUCAGAUGGGACAUCAAUUGUGCUCUCAGAUGAUAUUGGCCAGAUAUACCUGUUAAACACCGGGCAAGGGGAAUCUCAUAAAGAUGCCAAAUAUGACCAGUUCUUCUUGGGAGAUUAUCGUCCUCUUAUCCGCGAUGCUCUAGGGAAUGUUCUUGACCAGGAGUCGCAGUUUAGUCCAUACCAAAGAAAUCUUUUGGACCCUCUUUGUGACUCAAGCAUGAUCCCAUAUCCUGAACCUUAUCAAAGUAUGUACCAGCGCCGGCGUCUUGGAGCACUGGGUGUAGAGUGGCGUCCAUCUAAUAUAAGAUUUGCUAUCGGUCCGGAUUUCAGCUUAGGAGAAGAUUACCAGAUGAUGCCUUUGCCAGAUCCUGAAGCAAUUAUUGAUAUUCCAGAACCUUUGGAUGUUGCUCUGUGGGAGCCAGAAAAUGAAGUUAUGACUGAUGACGCAGAUUCAGAAUAUGAUGCAGCGGAGGAAUAUUCCAGUGCCAAAGAGCAGGAAAGUUUAGGGACCAGCUCCUACGAUGAUACGGAUUAUGAUGCGGAGAAUAAUGAUGUUAAGCAAAGGCAUAAAGACGCCCUUCGUCGAUCCAAAAGGAAGAAUGAGAGAGCGGAAGCUGAGUUUACUGCUUCUGGGAGACGCAUUAAGAGGAAGAGUGUGGAAGCUUCCAACAGAUCUUCUUCUGAGAAUCGUAGGGGUAAGAAAUUAAAGAAUGUUCGCAAGGCUUCAAAAAAGCCGUCUAGUAAAGCUCAACUAUUCAGACCUCAAAGAGCUGCAGCUAGGAAUGCAAUGAGUGUAUUUUCUAGAAUCCCUGAGACAUCUUCUCUUGGUGAGGAUGAGGAGGAUGGUUCUGAAGGAGAUUCUUCAGACAGUCAAUCAAUUUCUCAAGAUUCUGAAAUUGGAGUGUAUGAGCCUGCUUGGGAUCUUCAGAAUACCUCAGGUCAAGGUGGAGAAAAAAUUCCCUUUCAUGAAUCUGCUGCUGUAAUAGAUCCAAUUGAGCUGUCUGAAGCUCAGACAUCUGUUGGAAAUAAAAAGAAAUUGGUGCUUAAAUUAAGUGUCCGUGAUACGAAAAAUUCCUGGUCUAGAAGUGAUAACCAAAGAAUGUUGGAAUCUUCAUCUUCUUUAUCUCAGGCAGCGGAUCACAAGCAGCGCAGCUUUGGCGACGAGGAUGUGGAUUUACAUCCUCUUGCUGCUACUGACCAAAAGCCAUCUCAAAGUGUAAACAGAGUCACAAUCAAGUGUAAAGGCCUGCUAGAAAAAACAAGUUCUGCUGGAAGCGACAUCCCUGUGGAAGCCUCUUGUAGUAGAUGGCUUGAAAGUGGUUCUAAUGGAAAUGGUGAUGGCUAUUCUGUGGAAAAUGCUGUCGAAUUCAGUAAUGGUAACUCUCAUGAUUUGGAAGAGACUGUUCAGCCAGUACCAAGACCACCAACCAGAAUCAAGAUUAAAUCCAGUGGAAUCUUGAAGCAAGAGAAAAAUCCUAGACUAAAAUUGGUUACUGGAAUAAAAAAGCUGGGCGGUACUGAUGAUUCUUCAGCAUCAUAUAUAGCUAGCUAUGCUGGUGGUGUGGAAGAGAAUAAUUACAAUACUGGUUACUAUGAGAACUAUUCUGGUGUUGAUUUUCCUGAUGCUGAAACUGAUGUAGUACGCCGAACUAGGUCUAUGGAGAUUAAAGCAAGCACUCGUGAAGCUGGAAGAGGAUGCCGUACGUUGAAGCUGCGGAAGAGUGACAGAUCAGCAGAGUCAUCAAAGAUUUCUGAUAAAUCUCUAAGGUCUGCUAGAAGUAGGCAUGACACCUUUUUUGAAGAUGGCCAGGGCCCUCCAAGUACAAGUCUGUCUAAUGCUGCUGUUGGGAAGAUAUCUUGGCUAAUGUUGUCUGAGCAUGAACCAGGUUAUCGUUAUAUUCCCCAGCUUGGGGAUGAAGUAGUGUACUUGAGACAGGGCCAUCAAGAAUAUAUAGAAAAAUAUGCUCCACAUGAAAGAGGUCCUUGGAAUACAAUGAAGGGACGGAUAAAUGAUGCUGAGACCUGCCUGGUUGAAGGCCUUCAUUAUGCCUAUGUUCCUGGUUCCGGGGAGAGCUGUUGUAAGCUCACACUUAAAUUCGUAGACGAUUCUUCAAGUGUUUUUGGCAAACCAUUGAAGUUGACUCUUCCAGAGCUGCUUCAUGCCCCUGAUUUUUUGGUUGAGAAAGCAUGGUAUGAUCUUGCUGUCAGUAGAAAUUGGACUCCUGGGGAUACUUGCUCAGUAUGGUGGAGGCAUGAAGAUGGAGAAGGCGGCAGCUGGUGGGAAGGUCAGAUAGUUGAUGCAAAACCAAAAUCUGUUGACUUUCCAGACAGUCCAUGGGAAAGAUAUGCUGUUCAGUACCUGGGUGAUCCUGGUAUUGAGUUGCACAGUCCAUGGGAACUGCACAAUCCUGAAUUUCGGUGGGAGCCUCCGCAUAUUGAUUUUGAUACAAGAAACAAAUUUCUUGAUUAUCUUUCUAAAUUAGAGAGGAGGAGACAGGACUAUGGUAUGGUCAAUUUGGAGCAGGUCUCUCACAGGCCAGAUUUCUUAAACCGGUUUCCAGCCCCUUUGUCAUUGAAUGUGGUUCGAUCUAGGCUGACAAACAAUUAUUAUCGAAGUGAAAAAGCAGUAAAACAUGAUAUCAAUGUGAUGAUGUCCAAUGCUAUGUCAUAUUUUGCGAAGAAUGCAGGAGUUUUCAAGAAGAUGAAACGCAUGAAUGACUUUUUUGAAAGAACAUUGUCAAACUUGUGAAACACAUUUUUUGAGAUUUAGGUUACAUCACCAGACCACAUUUUUUCAGUUCUCCCCAGAUUUUGUUUAGGCAGGGUGUACCAGAGACCUUGUUCUUGUAUGCAUACAUUGCAGUUUCACCCUUUAAGCUAACAGGGACCGUCUUUCUUUAACUAUAGAGCUCUGAGUUGCUCCUAGAAGCUUCGGAAUGUGUACGAUGCAUCUGGUGUAAAUUUUACUUCACUUGGUACUAGACCCUGCUGAAGUUGGUGCUAUUUCUGAGCUGUCAUAGACAAAUGAAUAACUCUCUAUUAAUACAAAUUGCUACAAUUUAUAUUGGCUAGUAAUCCUUAGCAUGGGCAA